UUUUUUUUUCUUUCAUACUUUGAUUCACUUUUAAACGUACACACGAGGCAACAGACAACAGACACAGAAAAACAAGAGUUCAGGACGAUACAACACCAUACUGGAUGAUAUUAAACGAUACCACACUAUAAUAUAAUAUAGCCGUCAUCAGAACUUAUUAUAAUAUCAAUCUAUCUUUGACACGACCAUAAAGAAAAAACGACAUAGCACAGCGACAACAGACAUGAGUUUCCUAGGCUUAUCCAGCAAUAAACCAAAGACAUCCAAGAAACCUCUUCAUGCCUCGACCUUACAAAAACAAUAUCUUCAAAAGGAAUAUGCAGAACAGACCCUUGGUUCUGGAAAUCUACGUCUGGCAGUCCAUUUACCCGAGGGCGAAGAUUUGAAUGAAUGGCUUGCAGUCAACACCGUUGAUUUUUUCAACCAAAUCAAUAUGCUCUAUGGCACCAUAACAGAGUUUUGUACACCACUGGAUUGUCCAGUCAUGUCUGCUGGAUCCAAGUAUGAAUAUCAUUGGAAAGAUGACGUCCAUUUCAAGAAACCAGCGCGUGUGAGUGCUCCAGUUUACGUUGAUCACCUUAUGAGUUGGGUUCAGUCCCAACUUGACAAUGAGGCCAUCUUUCCGAGCAAACUUGGAAACGAGUUCCCAACGGAUUUCAAGACUGUUGUCAAAGAUAUUUUUCGUCGGUUAUUCCGUGUCUAUGCCCACAUCUAUGCAACUCAUUUCGCUGCCAUUGUUUCCCUGGGCGAAGAGGCCCAUUUGAACACCAGCUUCAAACAUUUUAUCCUUUUUGUCAAGGAAUUCAACCUCAUUGAUCCAAAGGAGUUGGCCCCUCUAGCUGAUCUGAUCGAAUCCCUGUUGGCCCAAGCCAAAAAUUAAAAAAUGGAGAAAUGCGUAUUCAAUCUAAUCAGUGCUUUUUUCCUCUCCAAUUCCCAAACAUCUUCU